AUGUCCGGCUUGCAGAUUCUGGCGCUUCUCAGCGGCCUCGGAGGACUCGGGGCCACGAUUGGCGCCACGGUGUCCAAUGAAUGGAGAACCACCAGCAGGGCGUCUUCUGUCAUCACGGCCACAUGGGUGCUGCAGGGACUGUGGAACAACUGUGCCGGGAACGCCAUCGGGGCUCUGCACUGUAGGCCGCAUCACACCAUCUUGAACCUGGAUGGCUACAUCCAAGCCUGCAGGGGAUUGAUGAUCGCUGCAGUCUGUCUGGGCUUCUUCGGGACCGUCUUCGCCCUGGUGGGGAUGAAAUGCACCAAGAUAGGAGGAAGUGACAAGACCAAAGCCAGGAUCGCGUGCUUUGCCGGCGCCAAUUUCAUUCUCAGCGGUCUGUGCUCACUGUCGGCAUGCUCUCUAUACGCACACAGGAUCACGUCCGAGUUUUUCAACCCGAUGUUCGUGGCACAGAAGUAUGAGCUGGGAGCGGCGCUCUUCAUCGGCUGGGCAGGUUCCGUCCUCUGCGUUCUUGGCGGAGGAGUCCUCUGCUUCUCUGUGGCGGACUGUUGCAAGAAAAGGCCCCGCAGCCACACAGACUACACCUACAAAGGCGCCGCCUCCCAUUCUCAUAUCUCCUCGUACCAAAGAGGAAAGUCUAUAAGCCAGCGGCCGCCUCCUGACUACAGCAGCUCCUCCCGGGCCCCAAACUUCGAUAAGAACGUGUACGUGUAAAUGAUGUGAAUAUUAGUCCUAUCUUCAUGGAAGACGCUGUGAAGAAACGAUAACAGCUUGCUGGAAGAACACCUGGUGGAUUAGUUACCACUGUUUGUAUAUUUGUGGUCCAACACAGCAAAAAUGACUUUUUUGUUUGUUUUUUAGUUCAAACCUUUUAUACAAAACCCAAAACCAAUGAAGUUGGCAUUCCUAAAUAAAUACGGAAUACAAUAAUUUGCAUCAACUAACAAACCCCGUUUCCAUAUGAGUUGGGAAAUUGUGUUAGAUGUAAAUAUAAACGGAAAAUAAUGAUGUGCAAAUCCUUUUCAACCCAUCUUCACUUGAAUGCACUACAAAGACAAGAUAUUUGAUGUUCAAACUAAUAAACUUCAUUUUAUUUUUUUGCAAAUAAUAAUUAACUUACAAUUUCAUGGCUGCAACACGUGCCAAAGUAGUUGGGAAAGGGCAUGUUCACCACUGUGUUACAUCACCUUUUCUUUUAACAACACUCAAUAAACGUUUGGGAACUGAGGAAACUAAUUGUUGAAGCUUUAAAAGUGGACAUCUUUCCCAUUCUUGUUUUAUGUAGAGCUUCAGUCGUUCAACAGUCGUAUUUUACGCUUCAAUGGGAGACAUGUUUGGACUACAGGCAGGCCAGUCCAGUACCCGCACUCUUUUACUAUGAAGCCACGCUGUUGUAACACGUGGCUUGGCAUUGUCUUGCUGAAAUAAGCAGGGGCGUCCACGAUAACGUUGCUUGAAUGUCAACAUAUGUUGCUCCAAAACCUGUAUGUACCUUUCAGCAUUAAUGGUGCCUUCACAGAUGUGUAAGUUACCCUGAGUACACCCUAAAACCAUCACAGAUGCUGGCUUUUUAACUUUGUGCCUAUAACAAUCCGGAUGGUUCUUUUCCUCUUUGUUCCGGAGGACAAGACAUCCACAGUUUUCAAAAAUAAUUUGAAAUGUGGACUGGUCAGACCACAGAACACUUUUCCACUUUGCAUCAGUUCAUUGUAGAUGAGCUCGGGCCAAGCGAAGCCGACGGCGUUUCUGGGUGUUGUUGAUAAAUGGCUUUCGUUUUGCAUUGUAGAGUUUUAACUUGCACUUACAGAUGUAGCGACAAACUGUAGUUACUGACAGUGGUUUUUUUUUAAGUAUUUCUGCGCCCAUGUAGUGAUUUCCGUUACACACUGAUGUCGCUUUUUGAUGCAGUACCCCCUGAGGGAUCGAAGGUCACGGGCAAUCAAUGCUGGUUUUCAGCCUCGCCGCUUAUGUGCAGUGAUUUCUCCAGAUUCUCUGAACCUUUUGAUGAUAUUACGGACAAUAGAUGGUGAAAUCCAUCAAUUCCUUGCAAUAGCUGGUUGAGAAAUGUUGUUCUUAAACAAUUUGCUCAGCCAUUUGUUCACAAAGUGGUGACCCUCGCCCCAUCCUUGUUUGUGAACGACUGAACAUUUCAUGGAAGCUGCUUUUAAACCCGAUCAUGGCACCCACCUGUUCCCAAUGAACUUGUUCACCUGUGGGAUGUUCCAAAUAAGUGUUUGAUGAGCAUUCCUCAACUUUCUCAGUCUUAUUUGCCACUUGUGCUAGCUUUUUUGAAACAUGUUGCAAGCAUCAAAUUUUGAAUGAGCUAAUAUUUGCAAAACAAAGUUUACCAGUUUGAAGGUUGAAUAUUUUUUCUUUGCAGGAUAUUCAAUUGAAUAUAAGUUGAAAAGUGCAAAUCAUUGUAUUCUGUUUUUAUUUACAAUUUACACA